AUGACUCACUUUCGGUUAUGUGUCCCCCUCCUUCCUGUCCCCUCCAGUCUGAACCCAUACAGCUAUGAUGAGAGCUGUGUGUCCAGCAGCGUUGACCACCUGCCCCUGGCUGCCCUCCCGCUCCUCGCCAUCGCUGCGCCACACUACCAGGACGCCGUGGCAACCCUCAUCACCCGUGCCAACCAGGUCUACCACAGCUUCCUCGCGUCCCAGGACGGACAGGGCUUCACCGGACAGGUAAGUCCGUCCUCUAAAGUGUCCCUCCAGACAGGGCUUCACUGGCCAGGUGGGUCCGUCCUCUAAAGUGUCCCCCCAUAUAAGGCUUCACUGGCCAGGUGGGUCCGUCCUCUAAAGUGUCCCCCCAUAUAGGGCUUCACUGGCCAGGUGGGUCCAUCCUCUAAAGUGGCCCCCAUAAAGGGCUUUACUGUCCAAGUGGGUCCAUCCUCUAAAGUGUCCCCCUGGCUCCCACAGGGUCACAUUGACUGACUGGAGAUGAAUCCUACUGUAAGGAACGAGGGAGGAGAAGAGGAGAGUGUUCCCUUUAAUCUCUCAUGCCAAAUCCAAUAAUGUGCUGCAGUCCGUUUAAUGGAAGCCAAUGAUUUCCAGAGGAAGUGAUGAUUGGGAUAGAGAUGGCUGGGUAAUCCUCUGUGUUCACUGUGGGGACUAAUGUCGCCAGAGGCCUGCAGCUUUAACAUGCUGUCUGCAGACCCCAUUAACUCUCACACACCUGUGGACAAUGCCCUCUUUGAUAAGGACCUGUUCUAAUUAAGCGCUGUAAUUUUCAAGAGCACAUUAUUGGCAAAACCAUACAAUGUAUAAACUCUAUUAUAUUGAACUUCCUCUCCUUGCAUAACUUUGACAAGAUUUGUGGUCAUAUCGCAAUUCCAAGUCAGGAAGCCAAGUACAAUGGUGGCACGUCAAACCAAUUAAGGAGAAAUAUGUUGUUCCCUCAGACUGAGUCAGUCCUAAUGAAGUGUGCUAUUGACAUUCAGAUUCGACUGUGGAUCUGAACAGGCACAGGGCCCAAAUCUGGCUGCUUGGCUGCCAACAUUGAUUGAGUGGAGCGAGGGUUUCUAAAACGGUGUGUGUGUGUGCGUCUGUGCGUGCAUGUGUGUGUGUGUGUUGACGUCCAGGUGUGUGUGAUGGGCGACUGUGUGGGAGGUGUGCUGUGCUUCGAUGCCCUGUGUUUCAGCAGCAGCAGUAGUAGCAGCCAGAGGCAGCACAGCAGCCACAGCAGCAGCAGGAACAACAGCACUGAGAGCCUCAAGGUAGGAGCAUGACACAUUACAACUCAAUCAACAUGCUCUCUAACAUGUUCUGUAAAACUGCACUUUUUGAUGCCCCUAAGAUAAUUUUGAAUUGAGGCAUUACAAUUUCAGUUUGUGCUUUCAACUUUCUCCCCAUGGCGUGUAGCUAGAAUUGUGUAAGAUCUUCUCUGUUCAGACAGCUUUCCUCUCAGACAAUCUCUCCUACCCUAUGCUAUCCAGGCCAAGACCUUGAAAUGACUCGGUGUCCUCUCUCUCCGUCCUAAGCUGGCCUGUCUUUUCCUGUUUGUUUGCACCCAGUUACCACUGCAUGAUCGCCUGGGCUGCUCUCUCUGUCCGAACCUCUCCCCCCUCUCCCGCUCCCUCUCCCUCUUCCCCUUGCUCUCUCUCUCUCUCUCUCUCUCUCUCUCUCUCUCUCUAUUCCUUUCUCUCUCUCUCUAUUUCUCACUCUCUCUAUUCUUCUCUGUCUGUUCUCAUAGUUCCCCUCUCUCUCUCUAACCUCAAAUAUACUUUUCCCACUACUACUCUCUCAAACAUAAAACAGGAUCAAUCUCUCUCUGUAGUUAGCAGACGUGGGUUCAAAUACUUUUUAGGGUAUUUCAAUUACUUUCAGAGUCAUUUAAAAGAAAGUACUUGAAUAUUAGAAUGUAUUUGGAAAUACACAUGGAACGUAUUGGUAUGUAUUUGAAAAAUACUGAAAUACACAGACAAGUGUAUUUUCAAAUACAAAUAUUUAAAUACUCCAUGCAUUUAAACCCGAGUCUGUUUGGUCCUAGGGGUAUUUGAAAUAAUGUAUUUGGGAACAAGUAUUUUAACAUACUGUAGUUUGAAAUUAUAGGCUAUUUAUAGGAAAUUAUUUGAAAAUACUUUCAAAUACUUCAAAUAGAAUAGUUGAUUCGGCCAUAUUAUUUGAAAAAUACUCAUACACAGAAAAUAAGUAUUUCAAAUACAAAUACUCAAAUGCACCCAGGUCUGGUAGCUAGCCAGCUUGGAUUAGCAAUGAGCUGCUUAUUUUUGUACAGUUAUGGUAUUUGAGUGUGAGUGAACCGUAAAGGCUUGUGUCCCACGCUCUCUUCCUCCCACACAGGAUAACCAUGAGGACAGCCCCUGUCACAGCCCCAGCCUGGGCCUCAGCUCCAGUAAGAGGCUGAGUAAGAGCAACAUUGAUAUCUCGGCCCUGCCCAGCGAUGAACACAGCCAGGGCAGACAGCCCCUCAUCAGGAAACAGAGCGACUCGUAUGAUGGAGAUACAUCUACUGGACAACACAGCUUCUUCAGCAGGUACUGUAAACAGAGAACAGUACCCUGAUGGAAGCUAACCCUUAUCACAGCCCUAACCCUAGCUUCAUGUCCACACCCCAGUUCAACCCUAACCCUAGCCUUAACCAUAACCCUAACCCUAGCUUCAUGUCCAUACCCGGUUCAAACAUAACCCUAGCCAUAAGCCUAACCCUAGCUUCAUGUCCACACCCCGGGCUCAACCCUAACUCUAAUUUCAAUUUCUAUUGUCCUCCAAAAGUGUGGGCAAUACCUCCAAGAGUGCAAUUCAUGCAUCGUGGUUGGAUUAUGAGGAGGUAGUAAGUAUACUUUUCCCUUUCCUCAUACCAGUGAUAGACACAGUGGGGAUUAUUCUGCCUUUUACCUCUCUUGGCAAGGACUCUGUUGACAUUCCGAUUCAAUGAAGAUAUAUUUUAAAUACUGUAGAUACUCAGACUUAGGGAAAAUCCCAUAAGAGUAUACUCCUACCAUCACAUUCUUGGCCUAUACCACUGUCAUUAGAUUCAUAUCUGAAUAUAUUUUUAAUGAUCACGCAGUUCUAUACCCAAUGUUUAUUCCAGACAUUUCUAUUGACAUUUUUAAUGAUGUGUGUAUAAGUGCACGUCCAUCCCAUCUAUGUUCUUUGUGGUGUGAUGGGAUAACCCAGAAGUACUGUAGCUAUCUGGCCCUUAGCCAGGUUGUCAUGGGAUGGUCUAUCUCUAAGUGUGUCACUCUGCAAUGUGUCCCUUUCUGCCUGCCUUUCUGCCUGUCUACCUGCCUGCUUGCCUGCUUGUCUGCUUUUCUGCCUACCUGUUUGUCUGCCGUCCUGCCUGCCAUUCUGCCUGCCUGUCUUUCUGUCUGUCUAUCUAUGUGCCUGCCUGCCUGCCUGUGUGUCUACCUGCCUGCCUGCUCUGGGAUAUAAAUAGCCUAUUUGUGGCAGUGCCAGUGUGCAUAGGACACUGACUACUGCAGGUGAAUGUAGCUAUAGCUGGGUGGAUGGGGAGCUCUCAGCUCCCUACGAUGCUACCAAUUAACCAGCACCAAGCAACCAGUGUUCCCAUUCCAAAUCACAUGCUCCAGUGAGGCCCACGUCAGCAUAGUCACAGUCAUAGAAAUAGCAUUUUAUUUAAAUGGCUACAGUAGCCAGAUCCCUGGCAACCUAGGCUGCAUCCUAAAUGGCAUCCUAUUCCCUAUUUAGUACACUACUCGUGGGGCUCUGGUCAAAAGUAAUGCACUAUAUGGGUAAUACGAUGCCAUUUGGGACUCAGCACUACUCUCUCAGAGAUUUGACUUGUUCACACUGAUUCCGUAGCGUGUCCAUGGUGACGCACCUCUUAUCGUCUUCUCCCCCUGCUUGUUAUUCUCUUCAAUAAAACCCCAGUCAGCUCAGCAGUGUGGAGGAGGGAGGAGGAGGAGGAUGAAAGUUCCCCCCGGCCCUUCCCACAGGGCAUCACCGCCCGGUCACAGGGAGGGCUCUGCUCUGGCUCAGUUUAGGUUAUUAUUAGAGCUGUGAUUCCCAGGCAUCAGCCCACACAUCAGGAGCCUCUGGGAAGACUGCCUAUCUCCGGGUCACCUGCGUGUCAGGAGCUUCCUUUUCCACCUCAACCAGGGAAUUUCCCAGUAGGUACUCUGCUAACAACAAAAGCCUUUUCUCCUUCCUCUGUUGGAGUCGUGAUCGGACAGAGAGUUUCUCUCUCUCCUUGUCUCUCUCUCUCUCUCAUCAAAAACAAAGGACAUGGUGAUUGACUUUCGAAGGAACACGACCAUGCACACACCAUCACUGAUAAAAGGUGAGCCCAUCGAAAUAGUGGAGGAGUGCAAAUACCUUGGGCUAGUCAUUGACAACAAACUGUCCUGGGAUCAGUGUACUGACGCUAUUUUUAAGAAAGGCCAACAGAGACUGUAUUUCCUACGGAAACUGCACUUUUGUAUGUUAAUCUAACCAUCAUGGUUCUCAUUCAUUGAGCGCAUUCUGUCCUACUGUUUGACCUACUGGUUUGGGAAUAUGAAGGUUGCACAGAAAAAUAGGUUGGGCAGGAUAGUCAGGACUUGCGGAAAAAUUGUGGGGCAGCAACAGCAAGAACUGUCAUCUCUGUACCUGGGCAGAGCCCUCCAGAAGUCGAAUAAAAUAGGGGUUGACUCUUCCCACCCAUUCCACUUCGAAUUCCAGCUCCUUCCCUCUGGCCGCAGGUACAGACUACCUAAGGUUAAAAAAAAAUAGGGCCAAGUACUCUUUUAUUCCGAAUACAAUUCUGCAUCUUUACAAAGUGUUGGACUAAUUGCAAUUUACCACUUGCACUACGAAAUUGCAUUUACCCUGCCUACUGCCUUGUAAAUAUCCUUUGCUAUUAGUUUUUUCCUUUUUUAUAUGUGAUAUGUUCUAUGACUGCUGCAAAAUGAAUUGCCUCUCUGAGGACAUUAACGUUUUCUGAAUCUGAAUCUCUCUCUCGCUCUUUCCUUCACUCUCUCAUUCUAACUCUAUCUCUCUCUUGGCCAAUGAGACGACAGCCUGUGUCGUUCAGACCCCAGCAGAAAGAGGUGGAUUAAUGGAGGGCAGGAAAGGAGGUCAGAAGUUAGAGCAAGUGAGAGAGGCAGGCAGUGGGAAGACGAAAGACAAAGAGAGCAGCCGGCAAUCCAAGGCGGAUUGAUUUUCCAUCUUAGGCUGGCCACAUACCAUAAUCCUUCUCUCCAUGCUGGCCUUAGUGGUGGAAGUGUUAGUUUUGGUUGGGCUGGAGGGUCAAGAGGUCUUCUACAACUUCAGGGUCUGUAGAGUUAUAGCCAGGCAGUAGGUUUAAGGCCAGCUUGGCUGUUUAAACAUCCGCAAGCCCCAUCCGUCUCUCUGCUCUACCAGGGAGAGAGAGGAGAGCUUUUCAGACUGAGUCAGAAUGGGCUAGGGCCUUACUAAAGCCCCAGUCUCCUCUCCCAGAUAACAUGCUUACCACACACAUGUUCAACCAACCUGUUAUUUUACCUGCCCACUCAGGACACACACAGUGGACUGAGUAGUCAAAAUCCAUUAUACUGAGUGAUUGAGAUGCAGGCUUGUAUUUCAAUUCGAGUCAGCCUCCCUCGCCUCUCUCUUUCUGUUUUUCUACAGGGAUUGCAACAUUUGUAGAUUUGGUUUGUCAUUUUUCUCUCUCUCUACCUCCCUCUUCUCUUUCACCUCCCUCUCUCCUUCCAUCCAUCCCUCUGCACCUCCCUCUCUCCUUCCCCUUCUCCCAGUCUGAUGCAGGAGGGGGUGGACCUGCGUCCCGGCAGCAGCAGUAGUCUGAUUUUGAACCCAGGGAGGUUUGACUUUGAGGUUUCCGAAUGUUUCCUGCUGGGCUGUCCACUGGGCCUGGUGCUGGCCAUGAGACGCACCGUACUGCCUGCUGUCCAGGGUAGAUGUUGUUAGAGAAACACACACACUUCUCACACACCUCUGUGUCUAGGCAGUCCCUGAUGCAACACCUUCCCCACAAUGUUUAGCUACCUCUCUGAUGGACCAGAUCGAUCUUCAUACUUAUUUUGCUUGAAAAGUCCACUACUUCAUAAUUGUACUACAUACAGCAGAUGCAGCUUUUUAAAGCCUUUCUAGACUACAAAUAUAUGUAGAGGGCUACCUUUCCCACACAUCACAUUACACAUUUUGUACACACAAGCCUUAUAAUUUAUGAGUUCACAAGCGCUCCCUAAUCUCUGCUGUCUGCUGUCGUGUCUCUCAGUGAGUCAACUCCGUCCUGCCUGCACCCAGAUCUUCAACCUGUUUUAUCCCUCGGACCCCUCUGCCUCCAGACUAGAGCCCCUGCUGGAGCCCCUCUUCCACAAGCUGCCCCCCUUCCCCAUGCCGCGCUACCAGCGCUACCCCCUGGGAGAAGGACGCUCCACACUCAUA